AAAAUCUAAUUUAACAAUAAACAGUGCAGCUCUACUGUGUGUCUACACAGUGUACCUCGGGCUGUGACAGGCAGACACAUCCUGGGCUGCUAGCUCUGUUGUCAGAGCCUCCUGUCCCAGCAGGAUCGGCAGUUUCUCCGGGUCAGACAGGUGUGGAAACUGGGCCAACUGACUCGAGAACUUAGGGAGGUAUGUGUCCCUUAUUUGGCAAAAUUUGGAGCAGGAGAGCAGGAAGUGCAGUUCUUUUUCGACUUCUCCCAGCUCACAGUGAUUGCACAGCCUGUUCUGUCUAGCCAGCCAGCUCUUUUUAUGAAGGCCUGUUUUCGACGACCAGGCUGUGAUCAUUGAGUCUGUACUUGGUUAUGGUUUGGCCUGCAGCCCUUAUAUACAGCCCCGCCCAUCUCUCGCUUCUGAGAAUCCGGUUGGACGACGUACUCCGAGAAUCUUAAAGGGGACGGCAGCUCUCCCGAGGUCGUUACAAUGAGAUACCAAAAAUAAAAAUGUUAAAGAACCAACAACAGUUCCUCACUUUACAAAAAAGAAACAUUACACGAAUGACAUAUAAUUUGUAGUUUUAGAAAAAAAAAAUACAAUUUGAUAAUGUACAAUACAUAAAAAUAAAAAUAAAUGUACAGAUAGAUCGUCUGUUCUCUCGCACACUUCUUGUUGCUGCUCCCUGGGCACACGUAUCCAGAGAAACUGCGCUGAUCAACAAGAAUCUGCGUGAACGCAUGCAAUAUCUUUGCAUCAUUACAGGUGGGGUUUUUUUCGCCUACGUGUUGCAGAGGGCGUCUGUUUAGUUUGUAAUAGUUAUUAUUUUACAUACAUCUUAUGUUAUCAAAGGUUACAUUCAUUUAUAUGGUUCACACGUUAAAUAAUGAUUGUACAUAUUGUAUCACAAUACAUUUUAACUGUUCACAAACGUUGUCCCUCUAAUUUUACAACUUUGAUGAAACAGACACGCCUACAAACGGUUUCCCGUGCACCUCCUGCAAAGUAGGAGGUGUUUAGGAAACAAAACUAUGCUACUUUAGAUGUUUGCAAUUUCCGAGAGCGAGAGGAAAGAGGAGAUAUUUGUUUGAAUAGGUUAACCAAUUCUGGUUUGAUUUAGCAAAAGCAAUUCCCGGAGUAUAAUUGGCCUGCUUUUCAUUACAAUCAAAAUAUCCAGCCAGGAAAGACGCUGGUAGGGUUUCUGUGACUUUCUGCAAACGAGAACUUGUACUAGAGAGAAAUUAACAAAACGGACUUUUUUUUUUUUUUUUUUUUUUUUUUUAAUAAUAUAUCUGAUAAAACUAGGUCUAAUGCUAGAUGGUUAACCAAGGGACGACGUUAAUAAGAGUAAAGAAAAGGAAAAAUAAACAGCAAAUUUAACUAAAAAUAUAAUCACCGUAAUAAUAAUAUCACCACUUGGAAAGUAUAGGACACGGAAACGUGAGAUACUGUUAUUGUAAUUAUUAUUUGUUUGGAUUAUUUCUGUGUGGGUACUAUUAACCUAAACAAUCGUUUACUUAUUUAUUUUCAUCUACUUUAAAAUGUACAUCUGAAGCCAUUUACUUGCCUUCAACUCAAGUCGUAAAACUAUACGGGUUACACGCCCUGCUUGUGAAAGUCAAAUUACAGUGUACGUCACAGUACAGCCAUACACAGUAUUGUAUGAAAAAUAAACAUUAAUAACUAGUAUACUGCUAUAUUGAGACACACGUUUUGGUUGAUCAGAAACCAGUAUAAUGCCAGAUACAUCCCCUGCCGUUGUGAACAUACCUGGCAGUUUUCUCCAGAAAACUUGCACAGUGGUUGUGGUUUUCUGCGCAAUUCAUCUCUCGGUUACUGUGCUGUAUUAUUGCAAUACCUUUGAAAUCUUUAAAAACAGCUUUUUUGUCCGAAACCAACAACAACAGAAACACAUAGACUUCAACACUGUCUCACCAAUAACGGAAACUAAUGCACCAUUUACGGAAGCAGAAGAAACCAAACCUAAAGAACUCGAAAAAUGUCCCGAAACAUCGCCACUUCUCGUGGGCCCACUUAGGAUUGAGUUUUCCCAGCCAGUUGAUUUGGAGGAAAGCAAGAAUCCAGCACUACAAGAGGGAGGGCGGUUUACCCCACAAAACUGUAAAGCUCUUCAGAAAGUGGCUGUCAUCAUUCCAUUCAGAAACCGGGAGGAGCAUCUCAAGUACUGGCUGUACUAUCUGCACCCCAUUCUGCAGCGGCAGCAGCUUGAUUAUGGUGUUUAUGUGAUACAUCAGAAAGGAGAAGAAACUUUCAAUCGGGCUAAGCUGCUGAAUGUAGGCUAUGCUGAAGCUUUAAAAGAAUAUGAUUAUGAUUGCUUUGUGUUCAGCGAUGUGGACUUGAUCCCAAUGGACGACCGCAACAUCUACAAGUGUUUUAGUCAGCCAAGACACAUCGCUGUAUCUAUGGAUAAAUUUGGCUUCAGUUUGCCAUAUAAACAGUUCUUUGGAGGUAUAUCUUCUUUAAGCAAGGAGCAGUUUGAAAAGAUCAAUGGCUUCCCCAACAACUACUGGGGGUGGGGAGGUGAAGAUGAUGAUAUCUACAACAGGAUUGUUUCUAAAGGUAUGGGAAUAUCUCGUCCAGACGGUACUAUUGGAAAAUGUCGAAUGAUCCGUCAUAACAGAGACAAGAAAAAUGAACCUAAUCCACAGAGGUUUGACAGAAUUACACACACCAUGACCGACAAUGAAUGGAGAUGGCAUAAAUUCCCUGUCUUACAAGGUGGUUGAAAUUAAAAGAAUGACAUUAUUUACAGAAAUAAUUGUGGAUAUUGGCUUGCCAAGAAGGUAACCUCAAGUAUAUGCUAAUUUUGUUUAUAAAUAG